CCGGUAGCCUGGACGGCCUCGACCGCGCAGAUGCCUUCUCUCCACCACCACCCAGCCUCCGCCGCCCUGUUCUUGGCCGACGCCGGCACUCUCCGGCGCUCAUAUCUACGCCUCAUUUCCCUCUCUUCCACCCUCCGCCACCUCGACCAGCUCCUCGGCGUCUCCCUCGCCUCCGGCCACUAUCCCCUCGACCCCGCCCCGGCCACCUCGCUCCUCCUCCGCUACGCCUCCUUCCGCGCACCUCCCCGCCACCUCCUCCGUCUCUUCCGCGCCUUCCCGCUCCCCGACCGCUUCCUCCGCAACGCCCUCCUCCGCUCCCUCCCGUUCCUCCGCCCCGACCUCCUCUUCCCCUCCCCUGACUCCUUCUCCUUCGCCUUCGCCGCCACCUCGCUCACCUCUUCCUGCUCCCGUGGCGAUCCCAUUUCUCAUUCCUCCGCCGUCCGCGCGCUGCACGCGCUAGCCGUCGCCGCGGGGUUCUCGGGGGACACGUUCGUGGCGUCGGCAUUGACCAAGGUCUACUUCAUUCUGUCCAGAGGUGACGACGCACGCAAGGUGUUCGACGCGGUGCCGUCGCCGGAUACUGUCCUUUGGAACACGCUGCUCGCCGGUCUGUCCGGUUCUGACGCCCUGGAGGCCUUCGUGCGGAUGGCAGUGGCAGGAUCGGUGCGUCCUGACUCGACCACGCUGUCAUCGGUCCUGCCGGCGGCGGCGGAGGUGGCAGAUGUGACGACGGGAAGGUGCGUACACGCGUUCGGGGAGAAGUGUGGGCUGGCGCAGCACGAGCAUGUUGUCACUGGGCUUAUCUCUCUUUAUGCCAAGUGCGGAGACAUGGAUUGUGCGCGGAGUCUCUUUGACAGAAUGGCGGGGCCAGAUUUGGUGGCGUACAAUGCCUUGAUCUCUGGCUACUCGGUUAAUGGCCUGGUUGGAUCAUCGGUUGAGCUGUUUAAGGAUCUGGUGGCCUUGGGCCUGAGGCCAAACUCGAGCACGUUGGUGGCACUGAUCCCGGUGCACAGUCCAUUCGGGCAUGAACAACUUACUUGGUGCUUACAUGCUCAUGUUGUCAAGGCCGGGUUUGAUGCCAAUGCUCCCGUAUCGACAGCUCUUACCACUCUGUACUGUAGGUUGAACGAUAUGGACUCUGCAAGGAAGGCCUUUGAUGCAAUGCCUGAAAAGACCAUGGAAUCAUGGAAUGCUAUGAUAUCGGGGUACGCCCAGAAUGGUUUGACAGAGAUGGCUGUUGCACUCUUUCAGCAAAUGCAGGCGCUCAAUGUGCGGCCAAAUCCGCUCACCAUAUCCAGCACUCUGUCGGCCUGUGCACAGCUUGGAGCUUUGUCAUUGGGGAAGUGGGUACACAAGAUCAUCGCCAACGAGAACCUCGAGCUCAAUGUUUAUGUCAUGACAGCGCUCAUUGACAUGUAUGUCAAGUGUGGAAGUAUUGCUGAAGCUCGGUGCAUCUUCAACAGAAUGGACAACAAGAAUGUGGUUUCCUGGAACGCGAUGAUCUCUGGAUAUGGCCUCCAUGGUCAAGGUGCUGAAGCAUUGAAGCUCUACAAGGACAUGCUCGAUGCGCACAUUCUUCCAACAAGCUCCACCUUCCUGUCAGUACUCUAUGCAUGCAGCCAUGGAGGAUUAGUGGAGGAAGGGCGGACAGUCUUCCGGUCAAUGACCAGUGAUUACGGUAUCACUCCAGGAAUUGAGCAUUGCACUUGCAUGGUGGACCUUCUUGGCCGAGCUGGCCGUCUCAGUGAGGCUUUUGACCUCAUCUCGGAGUUCCCCAAGAGCGCCGUUGGACCUGGCGUAUGGGGGGCUCUACUUGCUGCUUGCAUGGUUCAUAAGGAUGGCGACCUUGCAAAAUUGGCCUCCCAAAAGUUGUUUGAACUAGAACCUGAGAACACCGGGUACUAUGUGCUGCUCUCCAAUCUGUACACAUCAAAGAAGCAGUAUUCUGAAGCAGCUGUGGUGAGGCAGGAGGCCAAGAGCAGGAAGCUAGUGAAAACACCAGGGUGCACUCUAAUCGAAAUAGCUGACAAACCACAUGUUUUCAUGGCUGGUGAUCGUACCCACCCACAGUCAGAUGCCAUCUACUCAUACUUGGAGAAGUUAACUACAAAGAUGAUUGAGGCUGGGUACCGAGCUGACACAGAAGCGGCAUUGUACGAUGUCGAGGAGGAAGAGAAGGAGCAUAUGGUGAAGGUGCACAGCGAGAAGCUGGCAAUCGCCUUUGGAUUACUCAAUACAUUACCCGGGACAGAGAUCAGGAUCAUCAAGAACCUUAGGGUGUGUCUGGACUGCCAUAACGCCACCAAGAUUAUAUCCAAGGUGACGCAGAGGCUAAUUGUGGUUAGGGAUGCAUCGAGGUUUCACCAUUUUAGAGACGGGGUUUGCUCCUGUGGUGAUUACUGGUGAUUCACUUGAUCUCAUUCUGAACAGCUGACUGAUCGAUUCUUUUGAGGCAAUAAUCUCUUGAGAGUAUUUACUCUGCUAAAGAAUUUUGUAAUCAUAGGACGUCAAGUUUAUGAGGCUGGGAGAAGUAUGAGAACCGAGUGAUGACCAGCAUAUUCCAUUAUCAGUCUUUCCCUACUAGCGCCGCGGUUCUGUUAACCCAAGGAACAGAUUCGCCAGUGUACUACAAUUUUACCAGCUUACAGAGAAGAUCAACUGCU